AAGAAACUAUUUGUGUUUUCAGUCACUUUGAGAUCUUGGUUUGCUGUGCUGUGAAGUGCAGUGUUGGCCUAUUGCUGCUUGUAGUUGUAAAUGUGGAUGGAAUGUUGUUCCUGGAUUAGCAAGACUCGGGUGCUUGGAACUGCUGCAACUUGGAUGUGAGAACAGCAGCAGCAAAGUGGAGUUAUCUACAGAUAAUACAAAUGCUGAACUGAAGGUUGGAGGGGAGGUAACCACUGUGCUGGCACUCGUUUCAGCCCAACAGAGAGAAAACUACGCAGCUGGGGGUUAGAUACAGCCACUGCUGGGCCAUCGAGUCACUCUGCCUUGUGCUUGCAAACAUAGUUUGGAUUCAUUCCCUUCAAGUGUGAGGAUUUAGUCUUGGGAUUUGGCUCUUGGAAUGGGAGAGGAGAUGUUGCAGACCGGCAGCCCACGAGAGCCAUUGCCCCAUUCCAGCUUUGAAUGUCAUCCCUUGCCAUGGUGUGUGGAUCUGUCAGGCUGUUUAGCUGCGAUAUGACAGAUUGUCCUAUUAAUGUGUCAUCAAGUGCACUUUUACAAAUUCAUGGCUUGUCUACAAGUAACCUGAAAAAAAAGAGGCUGAAGUAGGAGAAGGCGCCAAAGAAAGUUAAAUAUUAUUAACAAAUAAAGUCUGCCACGUAGUUUUGAUGGAAUGUGAGCUCUUGGGGGAUGGGUGAUAGGCUGUUAACUGUUUAGGGGCUGGGUAACCUCCCUUCUUACUCUCUCUUCUCUUUCCCAAACUCUGUUUCUCCCAAAGGAUGCUGUAAGACAAACCCCAGACUGUGUUCUGCUUCUUCAUGUUGUGCUUGGCUUGUCCAUGCCUCAGUUUCCCUGAGCUGACACAUACCAGAGCUGUUGCUCCUGAUCCAGUGAAGUCCUGACAUUUACAGCUUGGAUUACAGCAGGUAAAGGGAGUAUUAAACAAAGCAAAGCUGUUGCUUGCUGGCUGCAUAAAGGACUUCAAACUAUGUGAGCUUCCACCUCUUAUCAUUCUUGGACUUCCUCAUGGUCUGACCUCAGAGACAUUCUUGCAUCACGUUCAGUAUCUGUAGAAGGAACAGGAAUGUUGUAGGUGGUGGGGAACUGACAAAGAUCUGCCAAGUGCUUCAAGAUCUCCCUUCUGAAAUGCUCGUAGAUGUGUAACCUUGGGGUUUCUGUUACAUUCAAUAAGGAGCCCACCCUCCUGUAAAGGAAUCAGCACCCACUGAGCCAGCAUCUGAUGAGAGCAAGGGGAGAUGUAUAGGACGCAGCUAAGGAGGGUGUAAAGCAGGAGUAGUGAUGUGUCCAUGUGUGGGGCGAUGCUGAGUGCAUGUUCCAAGCCACAUAUUUUUAGCUCUACCACACGCUCACGUAGGGUUUUACAAACUUCCCAGAAAAAUGGUGAUUUCCCUGCGAUACCGAAGGGGAGUUGAUGGAAACUCAUUCAGGAAAGGAGUACUUCUCUGCUGAGGUAAAGCAAAAGCUGAGGAGGGUUUUGCCAGUGUGCAGCAGGGGAAAGGAGCAGCGAGAACAAUCUGAUGCGGUCUACAAUGAGAAGUACCUGAAACCUUCCCUGGUGUGAGGGGAGAUGGAGAUGAGAAAGACACAAGAUUCUACAUCCUGACAGCUGCUUGUGGCAUCGGGGCUUGCUGCUCAUUAAAGUGAGGAUAAACUCAGCUAAAGAGGCAGAGAAGCUUGACUUGGGAAAACUUUACCUGUUCCUCAUGGACCUGGGUACAUCCCCAGAUUCUUUGCUUCUCCCUGUUUUAACUUCAAUGAUACAAGACAUUUGUUUUCCCUUUAGAAGGCUGAGCGCUGGGCUGUGAUGCUUUCAGCCUCCUCAGGAGAGCAGUGGCUGUAGCAACUUGGAUUACAGUUCCUCAGCAUCUUAGAAGGAAAGGAUGAGGACUUGUCCCUGAGGAAAGGGAAGUAUUGUUCAGGAGAGAACGGAUGGAACAACUGCAACCCUGCUUGGAGCUGAACACAGUGCUUCAAAUGAUAGCAAGUGAAAUCUCCUGUUGAAGAGCAACAACCUAACAACCCCCUAAUGAGUCUGUGUUGUCAGCUCCGGCCUGACCAACUCUUGCCCUGAGCAAUUUGACUUCUCUGGGUUUCAUAGUUGAGUGCGUUUUAAACGAGUCUGAAGACUUAUUGGGGGCGAGGGGGAGCGCCACUGCAAGGUGGGUGGCAGGACUUUCCAGGGCCUCUCGUAUUUAUGUAAGCUUCAGGAGGCUGAAUGGACUUACCUCUUGCUUCGAGUGAAUCCAGAUUUCCCAAACAAGUUUAUCUAUACCAUUUCCAUGUGUCCUGCUUGAGCAGAGAUCGCUCCAGCAACCAGCGCAUCCGGGCGUGCUGCUCCUUUGACACUGCAGAGCCCGGAGGAUCAUCUUUAAUAUUCCUGACCCUUUCGGUUGUGUUUUAGAGAGCAGCCUUGGGUCUAUUCCUAUUGCUGGUGGUGAAGGGUUUUGUGCUUGGAGAGUGCCCUUCCUGCCUUGGCCCCUCCCUUUCCAAAAUGAAGGGGUGCACCUGGGUAUUUGUGGCAACUUUACUUUGUCAGCAGUUUUGCUUCUUCAGAGUUACAGCAGCAAAGAGAGAGCGAAAGAUGAAGAAAGAGCCUAACCAGUACACAGAGCCCUUCAAUGCCACCCUCUCGAACAGCGAGGAGCUGCACGGGCAUCCCAAGGUCCUAGAAUCUCCAGAUCCUCGAAUCACAGACCCACGGCGGACCUGGAUCUCCUUUGUUCACCGCCCAGAUGAUGGCAACACCUCUAAAAGGAAAUGCAAAGGCAAAGACAAGAAACUACGUGGCCUUGUUGGACCCCCAGGACCUCCUGGUCCCCAGGGGCCUCCAGGAGCACCUGGUGCUGAAGUCACCCGGGAAGUCCUUCUGCAGGAGUUUAAGGAGAUACUGAAAGAAGCCAUUGAGCGCCGAGCAUCCCUGGCUAUUUCAGCCCAUCCUAGCCAGCUGCCUCCCCUCCUGCUCUCCUUGGAGGAAGUUUCGGCCCACAGACGUGUCGAGGAGGCAUUCCACUGCAAGCUAAAAGGACAAGUCGUUGUAGACAAGAAGACCCUGGUAGAACUUCAGAAUUUCCAGUCGCCUCUGGCCAAAGGCGCUUUCCUCCGGGGGACAGGACUGAACCUGGCCACAGGGCGUUUCACAGCACCCGUGUCCGGCAUCUACCAGUUUUCAGCCAACAUCCACAUUGAUCACAGUGAGCUGAAGAGUAAAGUCCAGCUCCGAGCCAGAGACAACGUCCGAGUGCUGAUCUGCAUCGAAUCCUUGUGCCACCGAUACACGUCUUUGGAAGUCAUUGCUGGUCUGGAAAGCAACAGCAAGAUCUUCACUAUCUAUGUCCAUGGCUUACUGCAGCUGCAGGCUGGCCAGUACACCUCCAUAUUUGUCGACAACAGCGCUGGAGCCCCCAUCACCAUCCAGAAUGGAUCUGAUUUCAUGGGCAUGUUAAUGGGUGCAUAGCAUCGUCUGCAGCAGGGAAGGAUACGGAUUAGAGCCUUGCAGUGUAUAUUUGACUGAAGAAACCUUUACUUUGCCUCUUGAAGACUGCUUCCUGUUGGCAUCCUUUUAACCAGGCAAAGAGCCUUUCCCUUCACAGCUACUUCAGCUUGCUUUCGGAGGCUUUUCAAGGUCCACACCAGUUCAUUCAUCAUAAAGAAUACACUUUUAUCAUUCAGAAAUGAGGUCUGUGAUAUUGAAUUUGUGCUUCACCAGUGCUCACUGAACAAUAGGCUGAGGUUUGGCAUUUGUUACGUUAGAACACAAUAGCACUUGUAAUCAGCGUGUCUUUUGGGAUUGACUGUGUGGUGCUUGAGUUUGUAAAUGAAGGAUUGAGAGGGGAAGUAAAACAGUGACUAUAUUCUAUGUGUUGGGGAGGAAGGAGACAAGGGUUUGCCAGCAAAACCGCUUUUUACACUCAGCUGUAAAUGGUACAAGCCCUCUCUCAUGUUCAGAAUUGGAUGUAUUGACAAGUAGUAUGUUGAAUUCUCAGACAAUGCCUGCUUCAGAAAUGGGAAUCCAAGGGCUGAACUCUUUAAUUGUGGUUCUUUACAUCUAAGUAUUGCCUUGAUGCGAUUGAUGGAGUGAAUACCUCGCUGCCUGUAAAUUUGGGCUUUAUGAAAUGGUAAGGCCAAUGGCACCAGUUCUAGCAGGAACUCCCCUACUUGUGUUCUUAUGUUUUAGUAAGAUACACGUGUGGGUUUGUUAAUGUGUCAAAUGCAUCACACUGGUUGUCAAAGCCUGGCAAAGGCAGUGGGGAGAGCAGCCUUGGAUCAGGUAUGUCAUCUGCUUGGUGCUUGUUCAACUGCAGGGGAACAGUGGCCGGGAUCACAGGGAGUCUGUCUAAGCUCUGCUUGGGUUAAAGUGCUCACAAAGACCAUCUAAAAGACCAUCCGGUGAAUGUUCCUGGAUGUAAGCAUGUGAGAUCCAGCCCCAAAGUGUUCUGCAUACAGCUCCAGGAUAUAAAGUCCUUUAAAGAGAGUAAAAGGGUGUUGAUGUUUCAAGGUGUUACCCAAGAUGCGGUAACAUCCUUGUUGUUCAAAAACCCCACUCAUGUAAUGAACCUCUGUAGCUUUCCCAUCCAACAGACCCCUGGCCCUUGUAUUGAUCCAACAGUGCCACAGUGUCAUAAAUAGGUGGUAGCAAAGCCCAAAUUGGAGUCCAGAUACUUGUUCUGGAAUGUCUGCAGGGAAUGGAGCACAUCCCUUUGAUCACUGUGCUCCAUUUUUAUCAAUUACAAUAUCUUUGUGCAAUGAAAACACACACUGCUGGGGCCAGCAGGAGGUGUGGAAACAAUGUCAUCUAUUGCUGGGUCUGCUGUUCAGGUUGAUCAACCCGUGAUGUCCCUACAAGCUUCAGUAACACUGCUGAUGGAGUUGGUGGUAAGCAAAGAUGUCUUAGUUCAAGAGCUGUAAACCAGGCAUGAAACUGGCUUUUUCAUCUCCAUUAUAAAUACCUUGAGACAGAUCUUUAAGGGUGCUAAAUGGUGUUUUUUUGUCCUUUAGGAAGAACAUUCAAGUGAUGCCUACAGGAAGAGGAAGGGAGAGGGUAUGAUCAGGGUACAGGGAGUAAUCAAGUAGUGCUGUUACACAAGUACACACGGGUGAAUUCGCUUUCUAAUCAAAGGGAUGUGGCUGUCCUAACUGGACCUGUAUGACUGUCUAAAAUACAGCAGCUAUCAAUGUCCAUAUAUUCAUUCCUGCUCCACAAUACAUGCCGGAAUUCCUAUGGAUUUUUUUGUGGUACACUUUGGGGAGAACAUGCUAUUUAGAGGCACAGCAAGUAGCAAGAGUCAUCAUUUCUGGAGCUUCAGGAAGCAAUGUAACACAUGAAUUCAUCACUAAACCCUAUCAAUAAAGAUUGGCUUUGAUGGAGUAAGUGGAGUAAGGGCACACAGCCCCUAUCCCAGCAUGUAUUACUGUAUGUUGUACUGUGUAUCUGUAAUAAAUGGGGCUGUUUCCUGCACGACUUGCAGCGACAGAAUCCAAGUGGUGUGACAUGCAGCAUAUGUUGUGUAUCUAUAGGUGGGUUUGAGCCAAGUCUCACUGUUGAGUAAAUCAGAGUUAUAAUAUUUAUUUUGCUGUAGAACUAAAGCUGUUUGUCACACUU